UUAUAUUUUCUCUGUUAGAAAUAUUAUAUUUCAAUAAACAUAAAUAUUGUUGCCAACAAUGGUAAUUUAUGUUUAACAAAUUAGAGUUGUGAUCAAUUGUAUUUACACGUUGGCAGAAAGCAUUUCUUUAUGCGUAAUUUCUAAUAAGAGAUGCACUGGAGCGAACAAUGAAGUGCCGAAUGGAAUUAUUUUGUCGAUAGAAUAAUACUCUUUUGGGUGUUGUGUUUAUUCACGACGCAUUCGGUAUAUAACGAUGCUCGUUCAGCCAAUGAAAAACUCGAAUUCUUCUUUUUUUCAAACACCUUUAUACACAAACACCUUUAUAUGACAGAGGGUCCAGCGCUUAUUGAAUUUAUUUUUUACGAAUUCUUUCCUAACACGAAAGAAGCGAUAAAAUAGAGAAAAGUUUAAAAGAAAAUUGCGGUAAUUAUAAUGAUUUCUCUUAUUUAAAAAUAUUCGUUAUCGAAAAACCUAUAGAGUUAAUCGGGAUCUCCUUCUUCCCCACACAGUCGAUGUUCCAGCGCAUCAAACCAAAGGCAUUAAUCUUGUUUACGGUAUUGAUGUUAUUCGAAAAUCACCAUUAAAAUUAUCAACCCGGUUAUUUCGAUCACAAAUAAUUACAUAAAUUAUUAUUAUUUCUAUUAAAUAAAACUUUGUGGAAAAGUGCAAAAAGUUCCGGCGAUGGGCAAGACAAAAAGAAAAUAUCGAACAAUAUAAAUGUCUUGUAUCAGAAAACCGCUAUUUUCAUGGGAAACAAUGGCUCUAAUGUUUACGGGAAAACAUUAUUUAGUUUUUUCAGAGUUAUUCUUUGUGUUAUUUUAGUGAAAAUGUCUUUGAAAGUUCUCUUUCGUCCUUAGCCUUAAUGCGAUUUAUCGAAUAAGGACCGAAGUUCACACUCCGGAGACCGUCGGAAAUAAGAUUCGGUAAGGAAACAGUCGUGGCCAGUGCAGAUGAUAUUCGAUCCCGAUCAGUUAUUGAACUACUUGAUUUUUACCCCCAUAUCGACCUGUAGUGCCGCGGUGUUUAUCCUGGCACUCUUCUACCACUUGCUGUUUGGCAAUUGUAAUAAAUCCCGAGGACACUUUCCCACUCUUCAUUACAAAGAAUCUAUAUUUUCUCGAUUUCUUCUGGAUCGAAUACCCGAUCUACGUCGAUCUUACUAUCCCCCACUCUGGGCUUACAACCCUUACGUGCAAGCGUUGAUAAGUUAUCUGCUGCCUUGUCCGGAAGUUCGCUAUCGGCGACAAUAUCUACAACUGAAAGAUCGCGGAUUAGUGUCGCUCGAUUGGGCCGUUUGGUCUUUCCAGGGAGCGUGGAGAAACUCUUUAAACGACCAUCACUUGCUACUAAUACUACCCAACUUUACGGAAGAUGCCGUGGACGUGGGAGAGAUGAGUCUACGGGCUAUGGGAAAGGGAUUUCACCCGGUGGUUUAUAACAGAAGAGGACACGGACGUUCUCCGCUCACCACUCCCAAGUUCCAAUCCUACGGAGAUCCUUCCGAUCUUCGGCAGGCCGUCAAAUUUAUCAGGAGCCAAUAUUCUGGUCUCCGUCUUUCCGUAGUCGGCUACGGAACGGGGGCGGAUCUUCUCCUGUCUUAUUUGGGGGAGUACGGCAGUUCGGCCGACCUAACGGCGGGAGUUGCAAUAUCACCCAUUUUCGAUCCCGAAAGCCUUUACAAACGCGGAUUGCCUCUUUUCUACGACUUUUCUCGUCUUUUGUCGUUUCGCAGGUUUCUCGGUCUACACUCUCACGCUCUAUCCGAGGUGAUAGAUUCGAAUGCCGCCCUUCUCAGUCGCACCGUUCCGGAAUUCGAGAAACGAGUCUACUGGAAGAUGUGCAAUUGCAACAAUUGGGACGAAUAUUGGGAGAAGAACGCGCCGUUGAGAGAUGCCGACGAAAUGUCGGUUCCUCUUUUGUGCGUGAGUAGUAAAGACGAUCCUCUCGUACCUCGGACGGCCAUUCCUUACCACGUUUUUCGAGUCUAUCCUCAAAUGAUUCUGGUGGAAACUGCUAACGGAGGCCACUGCUGCUUUUUCCAGUCGGGUGCGCUAUUUCCUCCAUCCUGGGCUAAUUCAUUAACUUUAGAUUUUAUUAAAGUGACCUUGGAAUUUUCGUCCGUGGAAGAACAAAUUACCAAAGCCGCUCUCCUUCGGAACGUACGGUGAAACCUUCAACGCGCAAGUACUCUACUACGGUUCCUUCUACAACAUCAAAGAGAUGAUCGCCGGUGUUAUUUAUAUUUCUUAUUUAUCGAAUUGCUUAAGGAUGUUACAGAAAUUAAAUAAAAUAUAAUUUAUUACUUAAUGGCACGCUUUCUUUCUCCGUAUAAACUGGAAUAAAGAAGCCCGUAAAUCAUAAUACUCUACUUUAUUUGAUAGAAGAUACUCCUUACCGUCGCUUUAGU